UGAUACUGUCUUGUCUAUGAAUUUUGUGAUUUUGGCGCACGCGGAAGAGGAACUGUAACCAAUUUCCUUUUCCUAUUAUUUUUCAAAUACAAUAAUUUUUCAGAAGUUUAAACAGGAAAACAUUAUCAAUACUAAUUACAAAAACUGCGUUUGAAGUAUUUGUUAUAAGAACUUAAGUUACUUUGUUAAUGUGAAAGGUAUUACAUUAAUGAUGGAGGUGUCUGAUAUAAACGAAUUAUUAAAUGUUUCUACGAUUAAAAUGGAAGGUGGCGAAACUUCUUUUGAAGAUGAAACUGAGGAUGUAGAAAGUACAGAUCCUCUGGCUGGUAUGCCUCAGUAUGUUACUGAGUCUGAUUUAGGGUUAAUACAUUCUGGAGGUGAAAUCUUGCCAACACCACUGACCGUUUUCUCCGACACUGCCGAGGAUGAAGACACAAUGCAAAGUAGUGAUUCUUCUGAAGAGGUGAUAGUGCAACUGAUGGAUAUCAGAACAAGAUUAUCCCGACUUAGGUUAAUGUUGGAGCAAAGACUGGGUGAUGAUUUAUCUGACUACACAUUUUGGCUCCAGGAUGCUAAAAUGUUAGAAAAUCACAAAACUCUAGUUGAGCAAUGUAUAAAAGGAGAAGGUGUGGUACAAGUCAACAUUCAAAUAAAACCGACUGAGAAAAAGAUCAAUAUACUUGAUGUGUUAAAACCUGAUGAAGAAUUGGUACAAUUGCCGCAACCGACACAUGAAUACGAAUGUGUAGAAAUGAAAGUGGAGCAAGCGGCAGCGGAGAAUAUAGAGGGUCAGAUGUCAGUAGUAGGGGAUGAGGAGAGCGAGGGGCAGGUGGAAGGGGAGGUGCUGCAGCCUCACGCCGCCGCCGUUAAGUGGGUGGUCGAUGGUCAGUUCAGAGCCGACCACAGCCGGGUUCAUAUCCCCGACGAUCCCGCUGACUGGUCAGUGCAGCACGUCAAGCUAUGGAUCCAGUGGGCGGUGCGUCAGUUCAACUUGACAGGUGUCAAACUGUCAGACUGGAGCAUCAGUGGGGCGGAGUUGUGUGCAAUCACUAAUAUUGACUUCAAAGAGAAAGUUCCUUCAGAUCCGGGAGAUUUAUUUUGGACUCAUUUUGAAUUGUUAAGGAAAUGUAAAUUUAUUGCUGUAGUACAGAACGAUGAGCAGCCUGUUAAAGAUGUAUUGGAAACACCACAGUCUGCGAUCAAGAAGAAACCCAAACAGUUAUCGUUACGCGAGCGCAAUGAGGACGAGGUUUGCUUGUAUGUGUCGUCGCGUACCGGAUACAACGGACAGAUACAGUUGUGGCAGUUCCUCUUAGAACUGCUCACCAGCGCUGAGUACUUUGAUGUCAUACGGUGGCAUGGUACAGAGGGUGAAUUCAAGCUGCUGGAGCCGGAGCGUGUGGCGUGGCUGUGGGGUGCUCGCAAACACAAGCCUGCAAUGAACUACGAGAAGCUCUCCCGAGCACUGCGCUACUACUAUGACGGAGAUAUGAUCGCUAAAGUUGCCGGCAAAAGAUUCGUGUAUAAGUUUGUAUGCGAUCUUCGUGAACUGCUGGGAUACGGAGCUGACGAGUUGGCUGAGCUGGUGAGAGAAGUUCACGAGUCAAAAGACGAGACAAAUAAUUCAUAAAAUAUAUAUCAAGAAAAAGUAUUCACUAGCUAAUAUUCUAGAU